AAAACUUAUAGCUACGUUCGAGUGUUCGAACAUUUCACGCAUUUAUGAGAAUGCAAGUGUUCAGUGAUUUAAUAUUAUAAUACAUAAUAAAAUUUUUUAACAUAAAAAAAAAAUUUCAAAAGUUCAUUGUUCGAACGUAAUUUUAUCAAGCGAAAUUAUUUGCUGAUUUAUUACAUUAUAUAAUAUUAUACUGUUGGGCCGUGACAAUAUUUCAUUUAUUUUAUUGAGAAUUUUUAUUUGCAUAAAAUGUAAUAACCUUAAAUUUACAAUAUUUCGUUUACAUUUAAGUUAAAUUUAAAUUUUUAUUAUAUAAAAAAAAAAAAUUAUUUUAAUAUAUUUUUAAAUUAAUUUUUAUAUAUGUGGGUGCACACGAAACGUACUACAGAAAAUUGAUUUGCGAAUUUAAAAUUUAAAAGGACUACAGAUACUUAACUAAAAGAAACAUGGCGGAUAAAAAUUCCGAACAAAGUAUUAUGGAUAAAUCCAUGCGAUCUGUUUUCGUGGGCAAUAUUCCGUAUGAAGCCACAGAGGAGAAACUUAAGGAGAUUUUUAGUGAGGUUGGACCGGUCCUCUCCCUGAAACUGGUGUUUGACCGCGAAAGUGGAAAGCCAAAAGGUUUCGGCUUUUGUGAAUACAAAGAUCAGGAAACGGCUCUCAGUGCAAUGCGCAAUCUAAAUGGUUAUGAAAUCGGUGGCCGGACACUUCGUGUAGACAAUGCUUGUACGGAAAAGUCACGUAUGGAAAUGCAACAGCUGCUGCAAGGCCCCCAGAUUGAAAAUCCCUAUGGCGAACACUGUGAUCCAGAUCAAGCACCAGAAAUUAUCACAAAGACAGUGGCAUCUUUGCCACCAGAGCAAAUGUAUGAACUGAUGAAGCAAAUGAAGCUUUGUAUACAAAAUAAUCCCUCAGAAGCGCGUCAAAUGUUGAUGUUAAAUCCACAACUGGCGUAUGCUUUGCUGCAAUCGAUGGUUGUAAUGCGCAUAGUUGAUCCGCAAGCAGCAUUGGGAAUGCUGUUCAAAGCAAAUCAGAUGCCUCCUGUUCUUGGUGGAAAUCCAUUGUCUGGUGGCGUACAGUCGCAAAAUAUAUCAUCAAAUAUUAUACAACAAUCACAGCAACAACCAACACAGCCGCCACCAUUAGUUGGGGGACCACCAAUGCCCGUACCCGGUCCGAAUUUCAAUGUGAUGCAAGGCGGUGAUAUUGAUUUACGCGCUAUGAGCGGCACUGCAUUAGGUGGGCCUGGCAACAUGGAUCCAAGGCAAAUGGAUCCGCGCAUGUCUCGAAAUAUUGACCAAGAUAUGCGCGCUAUACCGAAUCCCGUUCCUCCGCCACUCUUGGAUCCACGUGCACAGCGACAGAUGCCACCACAACAGGUUAAUCCACAACCGUCAUUCCCAACGGAUCCUCGACGACAGAUCGACCCCCGUCUUCGUGGAAACGCAGGUGGCCCACCGGGAAUCCCAGGUCCAACAAUGUCUCAGCAACAACAAACAGCUCAACAGCAGUUACAAAAUCGUUUAGCUACGAAUUGUGGCAUACCAAACGAUGCAACGGAUCAGGAGAAAGCCGCUCUUAUUAUGCAAGUAUUGCAACUUUCUGAUGAGCAAAUCUCGCAAUUACCACCGGAGCAACGCGCUAGUAUUUUGGUGCUGAAAGAACAGAUCGCAAAGAGCACUCAGCGUUAAUAUUCAACGCAAUACAUUUAUAUAAAAAAAAUAUUGAAUUUCGUAUGACUUAACUAUUUUCAAUUUAAUAAUAGGUACCAAAACAAAUUUAAACUUGGUUAUUUCAGACACAAUAAAAAGUUUAACAUUCGAUUAUAAAAAUAAUUUUGUAUGUAUUGUAUAUUUAUUGUAGCUCAUGGCAUGGUGACUAAAGCUUGAUGCAGUUUUUGUACUGCCGUAUUAACAAUUUGUCGCAAACUUUCAUCUUCCAGGCAAUGCACUUGCUAAAAAUAAAGUAAAUAUUAACAAAUGUA